CAUUGCCCAGUUAUUCUGGAUAAGCGAGAGUUUACAUAUUGCUGUAAGAAGAGAAAGAGGGUGAUUGCUGGCAGACACAUAUCUAAGGGUUGUGUCAGGAACCCUGUGUCAAUAUGACAGGAAUAAUUCUGCCUGGAUUAACUCUCCCAGGAAAGUGGCAAGGUGCCAUUUCUGUACCAAGAGGCGAACGUAAUGUGCAUGUUGAGCACUGUAAUCAAGAACAAACAUCUCUUGGGGCCGGCCCUGUGGCGCAGCGCCUAAGUGCGCGCGCCCCGCUGCUGGCAGCCUGGGUUCGGAUCCUGGGCAUGUACCACACCACUGAUCAGGCCACGCUGUGGCGGCGUCCCAUAUAAAGUAGAGGAAGAUGGGCACAGAUGUUAGCCCAGGGCCAGUCUUCCUCAGCAAAAAGAGGAGGAUUGGCAUGGAUGUUAGCUCAGGGACAAUCUUCCUCACACACAAAAAAAAGAACAACUCUUAACUCUACAAAUUAAACCACCCUGUUUUCUCUUCUUUGCCCAUAAAAAUGUUGCCUCUGUGGGUCACUUAACAGCUUUCUGCCAACAGUUAUGAGUAUCUAUUGUGGACCAGUGCUGGAGAGUCUAAGAUGAAAAGAUGUGACCCUUGCCCUCAAGGAACUCAUAAGAGAGGCACAUAAGAAAUUGGUGGUUCUGAACCCUUUUUUGGGUCACAGAACCUCUUUGAGAAUCUGGUGGAAGCUCUGACGCUCCCCUCCAGAGUAGUGCACAUGGGCACAGACACACAGAUUUCCUGGGUAACCCAGGAUGUUGAUAGACCCUCUAAAGCCUAUUCAGAGUGACCCACAGACCCAAGGCUCAUCCGGUGAGGACUGGAAGUUGAGGGCUCUGGGCUCAGGCAUCCGAGUGGACCAUGGCCCCCAGCCCAUGGGGCCCUCUACGUGGCCUCCUGCCACUGUUGCUGCUGCCGUCCCUGGGCGCUGGCCCUGCCCUGGGCUGGGGCCGUCCCAGACCACUUGAGGACUCGGAACCACAGCUGCUCCCAAGAGCCCACCCCAAGGGUCCUGUUGGCACAGAGCCCCAGGCCUUCACCUUCCUCUGGGAGAAGCCCAGAGAUGAGAGCCCCUGGAACUCCAGUGUCCCCCAGGUCCCUGCUGAGGAGGCACCCGAGAGGCCAGCAGACUCUCCCCUGGGCCCAGCCCUGCAUGGACCUAAAGCAGCCCAGGGGGCUCAGAGAGAAGGACUCCUAGUAACUGAUGACCUCCAGAUGGCUCGAGGGCCGAGUUCUCAGGGCUGGACAGGACCUCCUGACUCACAGGAGCCUAUGGAGCAGGAAGCACCAGCCCCGCCCCCAGUGGGCCCCCCCCAUCUCACUUUCAUCCCCACGCCUCCCAGACCCCAGCUUGGGGUAGCCACAGUUCCUCCCUCUCCAGGGGAGCCUGGAGGCCAACUGGGAGGGCAACCCCCUGGAGAGGAGGGUCUGGUGGCCAAAGCCAAGACCAGGGUCUCAGAGACAUCCCCCUCGGCGCACCAGGGCCCUCCGCACGCUCUUGUGCCCCACUCCGGCACUGUCAGGAGGCCGGCGCUGGAAGAACAGGCUGGGGGUGAGGAGGACUUCCGAGAGGCAGCUCGAGGUCCUCUCUUCGUCCAGCGGCAUCCAGCAGCCCCUGAUGUUGGCUCAGUAUCCCCGGUUGAGGCGGCGUCCUCUCGGGAGCCUGGGUCCCAGCCAGACCUGGCAGCGGCCAGAAGCCUUCCUCCUGCUGAGGAGCUGCCAGUGGAGCUCCCUGAGAAGGCUGGAGGUGGGGACACCUGGGAAGUCAGUUUUUCAAGUCCCUCACCCAAGCAGGCUGACCUCCCUGACGUUACGGGCUCACCAGGACCCCAGCUCUCAGGUCCCCCAGCCUCAGAGACUUCUGAUGGGCGGCCCAAGCCAGCGAGAGCAGCAACGAACGGAGCAGACCCCGUCUCCCCCCAGCGGGUGAGAGGAGCCGUGGAGGUCCCAGGUCCCCCAAAGUCCCUCAUCCCUGUCCCCUCGGAUCCUGGCCCAGCUACAAACCGAACAGAGAGCCCUAUGGGGGCUGUGCAGCCAGAUGAAGCCGAGGAGUGGUCGGGGCGCCCCCAAAGCCAUCCCCCAGCACCCCCAGUCCAGGCCCCCUCGACGUCACGCCGGGGCCUCAUUCGGGUCACCACGCAGCGUGCCCUGGGCCAGCUACCCCCUCCGGAGCCCUCAGCCAGCUCCAUGGCAUCAGCCCCAGCCUCCAGCCCCCCGGCCAACGCCACGGCACCCCCCCUGCGCUGGGGUCCCCUGCGGCGGGUGCUGAGCUUUUCCUGGGAGCUGCACGUCUAUGGGGUGGGGGUGCUCUUCCUCCUGCCCGCCUCGUUGGCACUGGCCUCGCUGGCAGCCGCCCCUGCGGGGUCCCGGCUAGCACUGGUGGCUGCGGUGCUGGUGCUCCUAGCGUCGGCGCUGCGAUCCGCCUACAUGCUGGCUGACCCCUACGGCUCGCAGGCGCGGCUGGGCUUACGCGCCAGCCUGGUGCUCUACAACCUGCCCUUCCCCUUGCUGCUCACUGCGCUCGCUGCCCUGACCCUGCUCGGCCUGGGCGCCGGGCUGCCACAGCAGCUGCAGAACCCGCUCCUGCUGGGAGCGUUGGCGUUGGCGCACGGUGUGGGGUUGCUCACUGCAGACCUGCUGUCCGCCAGGCCUGCACUCAACCUCCUGGCCCAGGGCUUAUCGUGCGCCUGGGGCGCGGUGGUGGCUCUGGGCACACUCUGCCUGUGCCGUCGCCGCCUGCUGGACGGGCCGCGGAGCUGGGAUACGAGCCCGGGCCCGCGGCUGCUGGCCGUGGCGGGUGCGCUGGGGCUGCUGGCCAGCGGCUUGCAGCUGGCGGCCGCGCUGUGGCUGUACCCGGGCCCAGGCCGGGUGGGCCGCUUCUCGUGGGCCUGGUGGGGUGUCCACUUUUGGCUGCGCCUGCUGGAGCUGACAUGGGCGCUCGCCAUGGCGCUGGCCGCCGUGGCCGCCGCACGGCCCAGGCCGCCCACAGAGCACGCUUGCUGGGCUAAGCUGCUGCGCCUGGCGUGCCCCCCGCCCUCGGGCAAGAGCGAGGUGCCGGAGCGGCCCAACAACGGCUAUGCGGGGCCCAGCGGCGUCGGCCCAGGUAGCUUGGACAUCAGCAGGAGCCUCAUCCGCAACCCAGCGGAAGGUGGGCCGCCUGCCACGCCCAAUUCAGACGCCUGGGGCUCGGCUGCGUCGCUGGGCCAUGGGCCCCAGGGUGGCCCGCGACUGUCCCGCAGCAGCGUGGGGCCGGCGCCAUCGAUGAGCGAGCUGGACCUGCGGCCGCCGUCACCCAUCAACCUGAGCCGCAGCAUCGACGCCGCGCUCUUCCGAGAGCACCUGGUGCGAGACAGCGUCUUCCGGCGCUGCGGCCUGCGCGGCCUGGCCUCCCCGCCGCCCGGGAGCGCGCUGCGGCCGCGCCGGGGCAGCCACCCCGACGCCGAGCUCGACGGCGCGGGCUCUUCGCUCCUCCGCGGCCGCUGCCGGUCGCUCAGCGACGUGCGCGUGCGCGGGCCGGUCCCACCACACGUGGUAGACGAGCCUGACGCGGCGGCCUCCGGCAGCUCAGCGGACAGCUUCUCCCGGGGCUCGCUCAAGAUCAGCUGGAACCCAUGGCGCCAUGGGCUGUCGUCGGUGGACAGUCUGCCCCUAGAUCAACUGCCUAGCACAGUGCAGCUACUGCCUGCCCCCGUCCCUGCUCCUGCUGGGGCCGGGGAACCCCAGAGUGAGGCCCAGCCACGCUGCAAGCCCGGGGACUCCCGCAGCGCCUCCAGUGACACCAUCGAGCUCUGAGGGGUCUGGGACGCAGGACCAAGGCCCCGCCCCACCCCCACCCCCGCCCACUAUGUUCGUAGGGCAUGGCCGACUGGGACCUUGAAAAACUGGCAUUCCCGGGCUUCUGCCUGACUGCAGCCCCCGGACACUGCUGGGCAUGAACCUCCUCUCCAUUUUUUGUUUUUUAAAAUAUCUCUACUUUUUUCAGCGGGUAUUUUGCACAGAGGCCGUGACUUACACGGAAUACAGGGUGGACGUGCACAGAUUUGGGUACGGGGAACGAGGUUAGUGCCCCAAACACCCUUCUAGACUCUCCGUGGAGAGAGAAGUCUCACAUGUCCAGUCUGACUGUCCUCUUUGUGCCAAAGAAAUGAACCCGUAGGACUUCGCUCCUGCCUGCCUCUGGCCACCCCAGGAUCCUGUUCAGCUGAGAGGUAGGAGGCCCCGCCCCCAGUAACUCCAAGUCCUGUGUAUGUUGGGGAGGGCAGGACUUCCAAAGGAAAGGGCACUCGACCCUUGGUGGCUUUAGAAAUAAUGGCUUCCAAUCUUUUAUGGAACAUCUAAAUGUUGUGCAGUUUUCAGCUCUUCACAUUCAUCACCUUACUUCGUUCUCAUAUUAAGCCUGAGUGGGAAGCAUGAUUGUGCCCAUUUUAUAGAUGAGAAGAGUGAAGUUCAGAGAUGGAAGUCAUUCGUCCAGGGUCCUUUGGCAAAUGAUAGCUGGUACAGAACCCAGAAAGUUCCACUCCUAAGCCUGGUUCCUCCAUCCCCCUCCUCCUAACACUGCUUCAGGGCCAAGCCUCUCCUCUGCCCUCCUUCUACUGCUCCUCCAUCAGGGUAGCACUCAAUUUC